UAAAAAAAAAAAAAAAAAAAAAAAAAGAACUGCCGUUGCAUAGCAUCCAAGUGGAUUUGACCAGAAGCGGUUCGGAUAUGGGUAGUGUGGAACUCAGAGCAAGACCUGAGCUGAAGAGCUAACCCAGGCUCCUCGUAGGACACCUCCUCCCUGAUGGCACCUCACAGCAUUGUCAAGCUUGUGGAGCUAUACACCAGACCUACGAUGCCAACUGCCUUCCUCCUCUCCAACACAAAUCCAGCCCAGUAUUCAAGGCUCAUUCCAGGCCCUCUCAACUGAGAGUACUCCCUGUCUACCAUGUCCAUGUUGACCUACAAGCAAAGCGAUAUGGGGGCAGAAUCCGUAUCUUCUCACUCUGAAUGUUCCCGCAGAGGCCUCACUAACUCCCUUUAUUUGAGCCAUCCCAGUUCCAGGAUGUAGUGAGUGUGUGGGCAUGCUCAAGAGAGUGCGUAUAUGUGUGUGUGUGUACACACAUGCAUGUGUAACAGCUGUAUAAGAAGAGGAGUUACAGCCUUUAGACCUUGGGUGUGAAUCUUUGGACCUGUUUUCCAACCUGGGAAAUGAGGACAAUUAACAAGUUUUUGUUUGUUUGUUUGUUUUUGAGACAGUCUCAUUCUGUCACCCAGGCUGGAGUGCAGUGGCACGAUCUCGGCUCACUGCAACCUCCACCUUCCAGGUUCAAGCGAUUCUCCUGCCUCAGCCUCCAGAGUAGCUGGGAUUACAGGCACGCGCCACCACACCCAGCUAAUUUUUGUAUUUUUUGUAGAGACGGGGUUUCACCAUGUUUGCCAGGCUGGUCUCAAACUCCUGACCUCAGGUGAUAUGCCUUCCUCAGCCUCCCAAAGUGCUGGGAUUACAAGCGUGAGCCACCACGCCCGGCCAACAAGUCUUUUAAGAUGAGAUGAGAUAUUAUAGAAAGGACCUACCUAGCACUGUAUCUGUAGAAGCUCUACAGAUUAUUCACUCCCCACCCCAUAUUCUGCCCAUUCCAACACACUUGACGGUUCGUUAGCAGAGUUAGAGUACAUAAGCAAGGUGAGUGGGGGCAGUGGCUGGGAGCUAUGGCAGAGCUUCAGUUAAUCUCAAUUAGUUACACAACGAAUCUUUCGUUUUUGGUAAUAAUCUUUGUAUGCAUUUUUUAUCCCCAUUUUCUUCAUAGGUAUUAGAUUUUCCUGAGAUCAGGGACUUUGAGGGAGGGCAGGUAAGUGUGGUGUCAAGGGGCCCCUUCCACAUCCUCUUUUGUUUAGCUCACUAUUUAAUAAAAUCCAAGAGUUCUCAGAAACUAAGAUGUGAAGAGGCAGCCCUGAAACCUACUGGGGAGCAGAAGGAAGCCAAUUUAGAGUUUCAAGUUAGUGAUGGAAAAUCCAUCAACUGUAUAGUUCACAAUGGGAUAGAAGAAUGAAUUGCCGUUUAAAAUCUGCUUUUUCAGGCCAGGCACGAUGGCUCAUGCCUGUAAUCCCAGCACUUUAGGAGGCUGAGGUGGGUGGAUCACUUGAGGUCAGGAGUUCAAGAACAGCCUGGCCAACAUGAUGAAACCCUGUCUCUACCAAAAAAAAAAAAAAAAAAAAAGACAAAAAUUAACCAGGAGUGGUGGCACAUGCCUGUAACCCCAGCUACUCAAGUGGCUGAGGCAUGAGAAUCAUUUGAACCCAGGAGGCGAAGAUUGCAGUGAGCCGAGAUUAUCCCACUGUACUCCAGCCUAGGCGACAGAGUGAGACUUUCAAAAAAAAAACCUGUGAAAAAAAUAAAUACGCAAAUACAUAAAAUCUGCCUUUUCAAGACACACACGUGACCAACAAGCAUAUGAAAAAAUGUUCAACAUUACUAAUGAUUAGAAAAAUGCAAAUCAAAAUCAUAAUGAGAUACCGUCUCACACCAGUCAGAAUGGCUAUUAUUAAAAAGUCAAAAAAUAACAAAUGUUGGAGAGGUUGCAGAGAAAACGGAAGGCUUAUACACUGCUGGUGGGAACAUAAAUUAGUUCAGCCAUUGAGGAAAGCAGUUUGGCAAUUUCUCAAGAACCUUAAAACAGAGCUACCAUUCGUCCCAGCAAUCCCAUUAUUAGGCAUAUACCCAAAGGAGUAUAAAUUGUUCUACCAUAAAGACACAUGCACAUAAAUGCUCAUUGCAGCAGUAUUCAUAAUAGCAAAGACAUGGAAUCAGCCUAAAUGCCCACCAACAGUAGACUGUAUAAAGAAAAUGUGGUACAUAUACACCAUGGAAUACUACACAGACAAAAAAGGACGAGAUCACGUCUUUUGCAGCAUCAUGGAUGGAGCUGGGGGCUGUUAUCCUAGGCAAACUAACACAGGAGCAGAAAAUGAAAUACUGCAUGUUCUCACUUUUAUAAGUGGGAGCUAAACAUUGAGUACACAUGGACACAAAAAAGGGAAUAAUAGACACUGGGCCCUACUUGAGGGUGGAGGAUGGGAGGAGGGAGAGGAUCAAAACACUACCUAUCAGAUAGUAUACUUAUUAUCUGGGUGAUGAAAUAAAUUUUUAUGCCAAAUCCUGAUGACACACAAUUUACCUAUAUAACAAACCUGCAUGUGUACCCUUGAACCUAAAACAAAGGUUAAAAUAAUUAAAAAUAAAUAAAAAAUAAAAUCUUACUUGGUAUUCUCAAAAAAUAAAAAACAAAAUCUGUCUUUUCAGGGGAAGAAAAGUAGGAAAGCUUUAUCUCAUUUUCCUAGUGGCUUCAUAAUGCAGGGACCUGCCCCCAGGGAACAGGGUAUAGUAGGGGAAACACAGAGGGGUGUUUAGAGUUUGGCGGAAGGCAGGUGAGCUCUGGGCACUGACCCGUCACCAGCUAUUUUUCAAGGAGUCUGAGAGGUGUUAACCUGCCGUCUACCCCGUGAGAUUGCUCAGAGUGUAGGAGGAUAUGGUUUACUAGCUCCGGAAAGCAGCUCUUAUAACUGAGGAGGAAAUGAAGCUUGACUGGCUAGAACAGAAGCAACAAUGGAGGCCCAUGGAGGGAUUUUCCAGGCCCCUAUUCCUGAUCUCUGUGGUGGCGCUGCUUCCCUUGUUCUGCAGUCUUGCUUUGAGACCAGACAAUUCUGUACUCUGUCUGUGCCUUCUUCCUUCUCAGCAGCCCUGCCUCUGCCACCUGCCCCAGAAGGGCUCUGGGUCCUCUCAUCUCAGGACAGACAAGGGUUUUUGUAAUUAUCUUCUUGGGUAACCUCCCUGUAAGGAAUAGGAGAGGUUAUCUGGUCCUGGUCUUUUGGGAGAGCAUUGAGAAGAAAAAGUUAAACCAGUGGGCAGCCCAGGCUGCAUACAUCCUGGGAAUAUUGCGAUUAUUCUCUCCAGUAAUCUACGGAAAUCUACUGGUUGUUCUGCAGAAAAAGAAUUAAGAGAGACCAGGAAACCUGUUGUCUAAGACUAAGGCAGGAUGACGUUUACCUAGUAACUGAUGAUGCUAGGCUGAGGCACUCAGCGAUUUGUCUCUACAUCUGUCCCUGCCUACCUAGCCAAUCUGUCCCUGUUUGGGACACUGGACUCCCGUGAGCUGGAAGGAACAGAUUUAAUAUCUAGGGGCUGGGUAUCCCCAAAUCACUCAUUUGGGGGGUCAAGGGACCCGGCCAAUAUAGUAUUCUGCUCAGUGUCUGAAGAUCAUCUACCCAGGCUGGGGCUUCUGGGACAGGCGAGGACCCACGGGCACUGGAAGAGCUGGUCCAGGGGACUGAACUCCCGGCAUCUUUACAGAGCAGAGCAUGAUCACAUUCCUGCCACUGCUGCUGGGGCUCAGCCUGGGCUGCACAGGAGCAGGUGGCUUCGUGGCCCACGUGGAAAGCACCUGUCUGUUGGAUGAUGCUGGGACUCCAAAGGAUUUCACAUACUGCAUCUCCUUCAACAAGGAUCUGCUGACCUGCUGGGAUCCAGAGGAGAAUAAGAUGGCCCCUUGCGAAUUUGGGGUGCUGAAUAGCUUGGCGAAUGUCCUCUCACAGCACCUCAACCAACAAGACACCCUGAUGCAGCGCUUGCGCAAUGGGCUUCAGAAUUGUGCCACACACACCCAGCCCUUCUGGGGAUCACUGACCAACAGGACACGGCCACCAUCUGUGCAAGUAGCCAAAACCACUCCUUUUAACACGAGGGAGCCUGUGAUGCUGGCCUGCUAUGUGUGGGGCUUCUAUCCAGCAGAAGUGACUAUCACGUGGAGGAAGAACGGGAAGCUUGUCAUGCCUCACAGCAGUGCACACAAGACUGCCCAGCCCAAUGGAGACUGGACAUACCAGACCCUCUCCCAUUUAGCCUUAACCCCCUCUUAUGGGGACACUUACACCUGUGUGGUAGAGCACAUUGGGGCUCCUGAGCCCAUCCUUCGGGACUGGACACCUGGGCUGUCCCCCAUGCAGACCCUGAAGGUUUCUGUGUCUGCAGUGACUCUGGGCCUGGGCCUCAUCAUCUUCUCUCUUGGUGUGAUCAGCUGGCGGAGAGCUGGCCACUCUAGUUACACUCCUCUUCCUGGGUCCAAUUAUUCAGAAGGAUGGCACAUUUCCUAGAGGCAGAAUCCUACAACUUCCACUCCAAGUGAGAAGGAGAUUCAAACUCAAUGAUGCUACCAUGCCUCUCCAACAUCUUCAACCCCCUGACAUUAUCUUGGAUCGUAUGGUUUCUCCAUCCAAUUCUUUGAAUUUCCCAGUCUCCCCUAUGUAAAACUUAGCAACUUGGGGGACCUCAUUCCUGGGACUAUGCUGUAACCAAAUUAUUGUCCAAGGCUAUAUUUCUGGGAUGAAUAUAAUCUGAGGAAGGGAGUUAAAGACCCUCCUGGGGCCCUCAGUGUGCCAUAGAGGACAGCAACUGGUGAUUGUUUCAGAGAAAUAAACUUUGGUGGAAAUAUUG